AUGCCGCGCCGAGCCGCGUCGCAGUGUACAGGCGAGGACAGUGACAGUGUGACGGGUGGUCACCCGUCCGACACCAGUUGCGAUCAGCGAUCCGUCAGUGAGUUGGUGCGCAACUACAGCGACCCCGCCGGUGAAGGACAGAAGCGGGACCGAUCAGAGUCUGGAGACGUUGCACCCGCCUGCAAGCGCGGGGCCAGAGAGCGGAACGGCGAGCCGGGCCGCAGCCCGUCGACACUCGGCGGCAACAGAGGCUUCAGAGAGCAACUGGACGUCGCCAUCGACGGGCUGGAGGAACGACUAAUGGCCGCAUUCUCCAGAGAACUCCACGAGUUCCGCACGUCGUUAUCGGCGGAGAUCGAAAAGCUCAACGGUCGCGUGAAAGAGUUGGAGCGGCACGUGGAAGAGAGAGAUGGCGUUAUUGACCAGCUAAGCGAGGAGCUCGACCGGUCUCGCUCGGUGGUGUCGACGCUGGAGACCCGGGUAGAGGAGGCUGAGAUUAAUUCAAGACUCCCCUGCAUCAUCCUCUCCGGCGCCGCCAUGGCGGCCCGCCGCGCGCCCCGCCUGGAGCCGCCCCUGCCGAACCAGACAGCGCCUGCGGCGGUCGACCCUCGGCCGAUCGCGCUGGCUGACACAGGUCGGGGUUCUCCGACCGUGACGUCAGAGUCAGCUGAUCGCCCGAACAGCGGCGGACCGGGUCAGUCGGCGGGCCGCGGUGCCGGGGGGCGGGCUGCGGGGCGAGCCGGCGAGUGGGAAGAGCGAGAGGACAUCAACGGUCUCGUCAUCAGCACCCUGAACCAGUGUCUGCCGGGACUGGAGGUCACCGCCAGCGAUAUCGACCGCGCCCACCGCCUGCCUGGCCCGAACAAUCGUGUGAUUGUGCGCUUCGUGCGUUCGGGCGAGGGGAGCAUUCGUGACCGCGUGAUGGGUCGCCGUAUGGAGCUACGCGGAAAGGAACUCUAUGUAAACGAGUCGCUAACCAAGCUUAGAAGCCGGAUCUUCAGGUCCCUGCUGGCCGCCAAGCGAGAGCAGAAGAUAUACACAGUGUAUUCCCGCGGUGGCUACGUGUUCUUCAAGGAACAGAAGCAUGGCAGACCGGCAGCUGCCGCGGACGACGGACGGCACGAGCGGUGGCGAGUCGGCGACCCUUGCCGGCUACCUCGCUACCACACCACACCAGUUGUGGUGGGCUGCACUUUCGCCGGGCUGCUGGUAGUGUCGGCGGCGUGGCCGGUGGCGGCAUCUGCUUCGGCUUCUGGGCGGUGCGCGGCGGCGGCGGAGAAACACCAGCUAGUAACUCCUUGUCGAACUGCGCAGUCACCGGUGCUGCCUGCGGCCGGCGAAGCUCGCUGCAUUUCGAUCCUCCCGCAUCCUUUUGAGACUUUGGUGUCCAACAUGUUCAUCAUGAGCCUGGCGGCGGCUGACCUCAUUGUGGGCGUCUUCGUGAUGCCUCUGGGCUCGCUGUACGCCAUCAAAGGCGAGUGGGUGCUCGGUCUGACCAUGUGCCGGAUCUGGCUCAUUGUCGACUACAUCGCCUCGACGGCGUCGAUCCUGAACCUGUGCAUCCUCAGCCUGGACCGCUACUGGAGCAUCACGGCGCCGCUCAAGUACCUGCGGCGGCGCACCAAGCGGCGCGCGCUGGCCAUGAUCAGCAGCGUGUGGCUGCUCUCCUCCAGCUGGAUCUGGCCCGUCGUCUUCUUCGACUGGCUCGUGUCGCCGCCGCUGCCCGACGCCGGCACGUCUAUCUGCGAGACCGGAUUCGCCCAGAACCUGGUCUUCAAGGUGGUGGCGGCCAUCUUCAACUUCUACAUCCCGUGGGUGUCGAUGAUGUACCUGUACGUGCGCAUGUUCGCUGUGAUCCGGCAGCGCUCCAAGCUGGAGGUGGGCAGGUUCCAUCUGGCCAACCGGACCGUCUCGAACGGCGCCGAGCCGGCCGACAAGCAGCGCGUCGAGCGGCGCACGUCCGGCUCGCGGCGCGCACCGCUCGACGGCUCCGUCAGCUACGACAACCUGAUCCUGAUGGCGCUGCCCGACCUCGGCGGCAUGGCGCAGUACGUCGGACGCUACGACGGCCUGCACGUGCAGAUCGAGCUGGCCGACGACGCUGACGGCGAGUCGGACCAGGCGUCACUGGGCGGCACGCCGGCGCCGCGCCGCCACCGGUCGCGCUCGCGCCGCGCCGGCCGAGGCGCCGUGGUGCUGCAGAACGCGGCGGCGCGCGCGGCGAGCUGCGCCCAGCGGCGCACCUCGCCGACCGGCGGCGGCUCCCCGCAGCUGAACGGCAGCAAGUCGCAGCCCCCGCCGGCCGGCGGCGGCAACAUCAUCCUGCAGCGGGAGAAGAAGGCGGCCGUGCAGCUGGGCGUCAUCAUGGGCGCCUUCAUCCUCUGCUGGCUGCCCUACAGCAUCCUCUUCGUGGCCGUCGCCGUCUGUCCAGACUGCGUCGACGAGAACGUGCACAUGGGCUCCAUCUGGCUGGGAUACCUAAACUCCACGCUCAACCCCGUCCUCUAUCCCCUCUGCAACGCCAACUUUAAACGCGCGUUCAAGCGCAUGCUGGGCUUUUCCCCAUCGCGCGAGUCGCGCAGGAACCAGUCGUCUUCUCAGGCACCCCGGAUGCCCAGCCAGCGCUAGCGGCCGACGCGGUUCAGUGUGUGUUUGGUCUCACUCUCCGAUCCACGGAGAAAUGAACCCUCGGAGAGGGAGGACGUGGGAAGGGCCGUAAACAGACCUGGCUCCUGACGGCCGCCAGAGACCAAGUGAGGACUGCAGUGAUCCUGCUGUCCGCUGAGCGUGACGGACAUAGCAGACUCUGUGUGGAUCACUGACCGGUGUGAGGUUUGAAGGCAGUGGUGGCAGUUGUCCAGUUGGUGUUGGUAAGGCCUGGCGAGGGAGCGGAGGCGAGUUGCGGAGUCUGUCCAGCACAGAGAGACGACUCACUGUCGAUGUGGCCCAGGUUUUUCCGUCGGACAAGGGAGAGAGUGUUUGCUGUAUUACUUCGCGUUAUUAUAGGAGAUGUCAUUCACAGGUCGACUGUUGUCGGCUUUGUGGAUAGUGUUACCUAUUUGUCAGUGUCGAAUUAAUGUCCACGACGUGAUACGUAAUGACUGGCUGCUGAUUAUCAGCAGUAAGUUGAUAUCAGUGAUAUAUCAAGUGAUGGAUGAUGUACAGCCAAAUAUUAGGGGCGCUAGAGAGCCAUAACUGUUGACAAUCCCUCGGAUCGGAUCUCACUGCUGCAGUCCUGACAGGUGAUUAGUCUGGGCUGGCUAUCGGACUCGUCCAGUUCUGUGAGUGAUGUGAGGAGAUUUGACCGAUCGUGUGAGUCGGCAGACCGGCCAGUCGGCCACCUAUCCGCCGUGGCCGCGCUCACCCCGUCCCCUCCGCGCCCGGUCCCCGCCGGUGUCUCCAUGCCCGUCACAAGUACAAUGUUGUCCGCUCCCUGUGAGCUGAGCCGAAUAAACGGCGUAUGUUUGGUGA